UGAAUAACAUAAAGUGGAAACUUUAAAUUAAAUAAAUUUUAUUAUGCCCAUAACAUUUUAAUAGAAGGCUGACAGAAAUUUAUUAUACAAUGAAAUCAUGGCGUGGUUUCCAAAACUGUUGCUUUUUUGUACCUUAAAAACAAUACUUAGUGAGUCACUCGAACAGCUAAAUCACCCUGAUAAUAAAGAAGUAAAUAAAUUCCUGGGAAAAGUAUUACAGGCCGAUAAUUUCGAAGAACUCGCCGAUAGAAUAGCAGACAAAGCGGUAAAGAAGAUUCAUGAUUUCCAGAAAACUUCAGCUAUUAAGAAAAUAGGUUCUGAAGAUGGAUUCUAUCGUAGCCAAAUGAAUCCUAGCGUGAAACCGAGAAUACCACAUAGUCUAGGGCACAACCAUAAGCAUGGUAAAAUUAACGUAGAUGCCGUUUUAAAAAAAGACAUACCCUUAGACGAUUUAAAAUUGAGAUAUAAAGUUCUAAAGAACCAACACGCGAGUUCGACUCCUCAAAUCGAAGAUAACAACCCUGUAAAAAUUCACUUAAAUGAAGAAAUAAGUGAAAAUGGGAAGAGCAACAAACCAAUCAGUGAUGAAAAUUUUCAGCAUCCGUUUGGGAAUGGACAAACCGUUUCUUGGGUUAAAAAAGGAAAAAAAACAGGAAAUGAUGAUUCAAGCUCAGAUAGCCGUGACACCAAUGGCGGGCGUGGUGAUGAAAAUGAUUCAAGAAAAAGAUAUCAAAUUUUGGGAACAACAAGAACAGAGGGAGACAAACAAUUUAUAUUAGAAGAUAACCCAGACUACAAAGAAUAUAAAGAAAUGGUGUCUAGAAUGGAAAUCUUAGGUGAUUUUGAAAAAACAGUAUAGUAACAGAUUAAAUAAUGUUUUGUUUUU